AUGAAUUUUAUUUCACUUUCUCGUCUUUUAACGAGAAAUUUCAAUUACAACUUAGUUUCUAAGAAACGGCAUUUGAAUCAGGGUUCAAUUGCUAAUCUAUUGAAGAGAAAUUAUACUGCUGCUACAGUUCCUGAUCAAUAUGCUUCCACUGUUAUAGCACCAACUUUUAUUACACCCUCACCUGAUUCCUUAGGUUUUGAAGAAACGAAAGUAAAAAAAACAUAUAGACCUAUUUACCUCGACAUGCAGGCUACAACCCCUACUGAUCCACGAGUGCUCGAUGCAAUGCUACCAUAUUUCACGCAACAGUAUGGUAAUCCUCACUCACGAACACAUGCUUAUGGUUGGGAGGCAGAAAAGGCAGUUGAAAAAGCUCGAGAGUAUGUUGCCGAUAUAAUUGGUGCAGAUCCCAAAGAAAUUGUCUUUACCUCUGGUGCCACUGAAUCGAAUAAUAUGAGUCUUAAGGGUGUUGCCCGAUUUUAUAAAAGUAGCAAGAAACAUAUAAUUACUACUCAAAUUGAACACAAAUGUGUACUUGACUCAUGUCGUGUUUUAGAUGAAGAAGGCUUUGAUGUUACUUAUUUACCUGUAAAAACCUCUGGCCUCAUAGAUUUAGAUAUUUUGGCUGAAACCAUUCGUCCCGACACAGCAAUCGUUUCAAUUAUGACAGUUAAUAAUGAAAUUGGAGUAACUCAACCAAUUGAAGAAAUUGGACGAAUUUGUCGUUCCAAAAAAGUAUUUUUCCAUACUGAUGCAGCACAAGCGGUGGGGAAAAUACCGAUUGAUGUUAAUAAAAUGAAUGUUGAUUUGAUGAGUAUAUCAGGUCAUAAGAUUUAUGGACCUAAAGGAAUAGGUGCUUUAUAUGUACGUAGAAAACCAAGGGUUAGAUUAGAAGCAAUACAAAGUGGAGGAGGACAAGAAAGAGGAUUAAGAAGUGGAACAGUACCUACACCAUUGGUUGUUGGUAUAGGUGAAGCUUGUCGAAUUGCAAAAGAGGAAAUGAAGUAUGAUGCUGAACGUGUCAAAAAACUCUCUCAGAGACUUAUUGAUGGUAUUAUGGCAAAAGUUAAUCAUGUCGUUCGUAAUGGAGAUCAAAAUGCAAUCUAUCCAGGAGAAUCAUUAUUAAUGGCUCUUAAAGAUAUCGCGCUUUCAUCAGGUUCAGCAUGUACUUCAGCUUCCUUGGAACCUUCGUAUGUUCUUCGAGCUUUAGGAGCAGAUGAUGAUAUGGCACAUUCUAGUAUUAGAUUUGGUAUAGGACGAUUUACUACUGAACAAGAGAUCGAUCUUGUUGUGGAUCGAGUAGUAAAACAUGUUGAUAAGUUGAGAGAAAUGUCACCACUUUGGGAGAUGGUUCAAGAAGCUAAAAAUUGGAUUAAACAAAUACCUAAAGUAUAUAUGACUUUUACUUCACCAAUAGUUUCUCCAGCUGCAAUUCAAAGACUUCAAGAAGUAGCUCCUAAGAAAAAAAGCACAAAAGAAAUACCUUCAUAA